GUGAUGUUGCAUGCAUACUGUAACCAGCCAUCUAGCUAAUCAUAAACAGUCAACGCAGCUGCUUUCUAGCACGAGCUGCAUCCCAUCAACACAGCUGCCUCGGAUUCGAACACACCAGUGUCAACACACCGACACAGAGGAAGAGCACACUGAAAACGGGCAUUUUAAUUAGUGGCAGCUUAAUCCCUUUUUAGAGGUUACGAAAGACUGGACCCCCCAAAAAACUGGACCUCUGCCUCUGUAUGGAACAUUCCCCCUUGCCUGAGGAAACAGGAGCCAAACCGGUAGGACGACCCACUCUGUGGAGCAACACAGCAGGCACACCACCAUGUUCAGCCUGAUCAAAAAGGACAAGGAGAAGGAUGGAGGGAAGAAGGAUAAGAAGGACAAGAAGGAGAGGAUGUCUGCGGCGGAGCUGCGCAGCCUGGAGGAGAUGAGCAUGAGGCGUGGCUUCUUCAACCUCAAGAGGGAGUCCAAGCGGGAUUCCAAGAACAAGCUGGAGAUCUCCAACCCCAUUCCCAUCAAGGUGGCCAGCAGCCACGAGCUCAGCCUCACUGACAUUGAGUCAGACGGCCUGAGCAACCGCAGUAGCAUGGUGCUGGACGCAGACGGCCUGAGCGCUGCCAGCUCCACCGACGACCUAAAGGGCGAUGGGGGUGGCGGUCUGGACAAGGACCGGGGCUCGGUGCGAGACCGCGUGGCCCACUUUGGCUCAAUGGCCAAGCACAACUCCUCUCAGGUCAUGAAGCGUUUCUCCUUCUCUCAGAGGAGCAAAGAGGAGAGCCCCUCGGAGACCUCCACGCCCUCGGGACAAAACUCAGCCACUCCGUCCCCGCAGGUGGAGAACAAGGUGUUCGAACCGCAGCACAAGCACAGCCUCCAGCAGCCGGGGCCGGGGGUCGGGCCAGCACCUUGGCCAGUACCGGUCAAGAAGGCCCGCAUCCCUGAGGUGGUGGACAAGACCUUCCCUGCUGACCUGAGGCUCCCAGCCGUCAUCCCUCCACAGUCUCCGGAGCCGCGGGAGCUGGUGCUCCAGCGCCGCAACACGGGCGACUUCGGUUUCUCCCUGCGCCGCACCACCAUGUUGGACCGCGGGGCCGACGGAGGGGUCUACCGGAGGGUGGUGCACUUCGCCGAGCCCGGGGCCGGCACUAAGGACCUGGCCCUGGGGCUGGUGCCGGGAGACCGUCUGGUGGAGAUCAACGGGGGAAACGUGGAGAACAAGACCAGGGACGAGAUUGUGGAGAUGAUCCGUCAGUCUGGGGACACGGUGAGGCUGAAGGUGCAGCCCAUCCUGGAGCUGAGUGAGCUGAGCCGCUGCUGGCUGAGGAACACAGACGGCCAGCGACGGGAGGCCUUGGAUGGACAGGUGGACGAGGAUCCCGUGGCCAUCCUUCAGGUGUCUCACGCCGCUGCCCAACAACCUAAGGUGAAGACAGAGGAGCAGAUAGCCGCAGAGCAGGCAUGGUACGGCUCAGAGAAGGUCUGGCUGGUCCACAAGGAUGGCUUCUCCCUGGCGACGCUGCUGAAGACAAAGGCAGGAUCUCUGCCGGAGGGGAAGGUGAAGAUCAAACUGGAACAUGAUGGGACAGUACUGGACGUAGAUGACGAUGACGUGGAGAAGGCGAACCCCCCGUCGUUUGACCGCUCUGAGGACCUGGCCUUGCUGCAGUACCUCAAUGAGUCCAGUGUGAUGCACUCCCUGCGGCAGCGCUAUGGGGGAAACCUCAUCCACACACAUGCCGGGCCCAACAUGAUCAUCAUCAAUCCCCUCAGCGCUCCCUCCAUGUACUCUGAGAAGGUGAUGCACAUGUUUAAGGGUUGCAGGCGAGAGGACACGGCACCUCACAUCUACGCAGUGGCUCAGUCGGCCUACAGGAACCUGUUGACCACGCGUCAGGACCAGUCCAUCGUGCUGCUGGGGAAGAGCGGCAGCGGCAAGACCACCAACUGUCAACACCUGGUCCAGUACCUGGUCUCCAUUGCUGGCAGCACCGGAAAGAUAUUCUCUGGGGAGAAGUGGCAGGCAGUAUAUACCAUCCUGGAAGCAUUUGGAAACAGCUCCACCUCCAUGAACACCAACGCUAGCCGCUUCUCUCAGAUUGUCUCUCUGGACUUCGACCAGGCUGGCCAGGUGGCCUCCGCAUCCAUACAGACCAUGCUGCUUGAGAAGCUGAGAGUGACCAAACGGCCGGAGACUGAGUCCACCUUCAACAUCUUCUACUACAUGAUGUCCGGAGCUGACAGCACUCUCAGAACGGAGCUGCACUUUAACCACUUUGCAGAGAACAGCGCCUUCGAAAUUGUGCCUCAGUCUAAACUGGAGGACAAACAGAAGUCGUCUCAGCAGUUCACCAAGUUGCAGGCAGCCAUGAAGGUGUUGGGCAUCUCAGUGGAGGAGCAGAGGGCUCUGUGGCUCAUCCUGGGGGCCAUCUACCACCUGGGGGCCGCAGGGGCCACCAAAGCUGGCCGUAAGCAGUUUGCCCGUCAUGAGUGGGCCCAGAAGGCAGCCUACCUGCUGGGCUGCACCCUGGAGGAGCUCUCCUCUUCCAUCUUCAAGCACCAGGUCAAGGGUGCCCUGCAGAGGUCCACCUCCUUCCGCGGGGGGCCCGACGAGGCCGGGGCAGGAGACAGCUCAGUCUCUAAGAUCACAGCCCUGGAUUGUCUGGAGGCCAUGGCUUCAGGCCUGUACUCAGAGCUCUUCACCCUCGUUAUCUCCCUCGUUAACAGAGCUCUGAAGUCCAGUCAGCACUCUCUGUGCUCUCUGCUCAUCGUGGACACACCGGGUUUCCAGAACCCUCGCAUGGCCAAGCGCCAGCGCGGUGCCACCUUCGAGGAGCUGUGCCACAACUACGCCCAGGAACGCCUGCAGACCCUGUUCCACGAACGCACCUUUGUACAGGAGCUGGAAAGAUAUAAGGAGGAAAACAUAGAGCUUGCAUUAGAUGACAUAGGGUCCAGUACCUCAAUGUCAGUAGCAGCUAUAGACCAAGCAUCAACCCAAGCGCUGGUGCGCACCCUGGCGAGGACAGAUGAAGCUCGUGGUCUGCUGUGGCUGAUGGAGGAGGAGGCUGUGCAGCCAGGGGGCUCUGAGGACACUCUGCUGGAGAGACUCUUCAGCUACUAUGGCCCUGACCAGGGGGACAAGAAGGGACACGCCCUGCUCCUGAAGAGCGACAAGCCACAUCACUUCCUGUUGGGCCACAGCCACGGGACAGACUGGGUGGAGUACGAUGCUCAGGGUUGGCUGAGCCACGCCAGGCAGAACCCCGCCUCCCAGAAUGCUGCCACUCUGCUGCAGGACUCGCAGAAGAAGAACAUCAGCAGUCUGUUCUCUAGUCGUAGUGGAGGGCCCACAGUGCUGUCUGGCUCCAUCGCAGGGCUAGAGGGGGGAUCUCAGCUGGCCCUCCGCAGAGCCACUAGCAUGAGGAAGACCUUCACCACCGGCAUGGCCGCUGUCAAGAAGAGGAGCAUCUGUAUCCAGAUCAAACUGCAAGUGGAUGCUCUGCUGGACACAGUGCGCAGGUCCAGGGUUCACUUUGUCCACUGCCUGCUGCCCAAGGCAGACGCGGUGGGAGUUGGCAUGGAGCCGCGCGUGGCCCACGGAGAGAGCUGCGACUCAGGCCUCAUGCAGCUGGAUGUGGGCCUCCUGAGGGCUCAGCUCCGUGGAUCUAAGCUUAUCGAUGCCUUGCGCAUCUACAGACAAGGAUACCCUGAUCACAUGGUGUUCUCCGAGUUCCGACGGCGCUUUGACGUGCUGGCGCCCCACCUGACCAAAAAGCAUGGACUUCACUACAUGGUCACAGACGAGAAGAGGGCUGUGGAGGAGCUGUUGGAGUCUCUGGACUUGGAAAACAGCAGUUACCACAUGGGCCUGAGCAGGGUGUUCUUCAGAGCGGGGACCCUGGCCAAACUGGAGGAGCAGAGAGAUGUCCAGACCAGACGCAACAUCACCAUGUUCCAGGCUGCCUGCAGAGGAUACCUGGCCAGACAGGCUUUCAAGAAGAGGAAGAUCCAGGACCUGGCUAUCCGCUGUAUCCAGAAGAACAUCAAGAAGAACAAGGGAGUGAAGGGCUGGCCCUGGUGGAAGGUGUUCACCACAGUACGCCCCCUUAUAGAGGUCCAGCUCACAGAGGAGCAGAUACGUGGCAAAGACGAGGAGAUCCAGCAGCUGAAAGGGAGGCUGGAGAAGGUGGACAAGGAGAGGAACGAGCUGAGACUCAACAGUGACCGCCUGGAGAGCAGGAUCACAGAGCUGUCGUCGGAGCUGGCAGACGAGAGGAACACAGGAGAGUCAGCCUCUCAGCUGCUGGAGUCCGAGACCUCAGAGAGACUGAGACUGGAGAAAGACAUGAAGGACCUGCAGACUAAGUUUGACUCGAUGAAGAAGUCUAUGGACUCUAUGGAGAUGGAGGUGAUGGAGACCAGACUCCUCAGAGCCUCUGAGCUCAAUGGAGAGAUGGACGAUGACGACACAGGGGGAGAGUGGAGACUGAAGUAUGAGAGGGCCAUCAGAGAGAUCGAGUUCACCAAGAAGAGGCUCCAGCAGGAGUUUAAUGACAAGCUGGAGAUGGAGCAGCAGAACAAACGGCAGCUGGAGAGGAGGCUAAGUGACCUCCAAGCAGACAGUGAGGAGGUGCAGCGUACGGCCCAGCAGCUGAAGAAGAAGUGUCAGAGAUUGACGGCUGAGCUACAGGACACCAAGCUACACCUGGAGGGCCAGCAGAGCCGCAACCAUGACCUGGAGAAGAAACAGAGGAAGUUUGACUCGGAGCAGAACCUGUCUCAGGAGGAGGUCCAGAGGGAGAAAAAUCUUAGAGAGAAGCUGAGCAGAGAGAAGGACAUGCUGACUGGAGAAGUGUUCAGCCUGCGACAGCAACUGGAGGACAAGGACCUGGAGAUGUGUGCACAGAAUGUGAAGUUAGAACAGCUGGAGGCGGAGCUGCUGGACCUGUCGUCCCAGGAGACCAAGGACGAGGCAUCACUGUCCAAGGUGAAGAAGACGAUGCGUGACCUGGAGGCCAAGGUCAAAGACCAGGAAGAGGAGCUGGAUGAACAGGCCGGAACUAUACAGAUGCUGGAGCAGGCUAAGCUGCGUCUGGAGAUGGAAACAGAGAGACUGCGCCAGACACACUCCAAGGAGAUUGAAAGUAAAGACGAGGAGGUGGAGGAGAUCAGACAGUCCUGCAGUAAGAAGCUGAAGCAGAUAGAAGUCAGGCUGGAGGAGGAGUAUGAUGACAAACAGAAGGUCCUGCGUGAGAGGAGAGAACUGGAGACCAAGCUGCUGUCUUCCCAGGACCGGGUGAACCCCAGAGACGUGGAGACAGAGAAGAGACUGAGGAAGGAUCUGAAGCGAACCAAGGCCCUGCUGGCCGACGCCCAGAUCAUGCUGGACCACAUGAAGAACAAUGCCCCCAGCAAGAGAGAGAUCGCCCAGCUCAAAAACCAGCUGGAGGAGUCAGAGUUCACCUGUGCGGCAGCAGUGAAGGCCCGUAAGUCUAUGGAGGUGGAGAUUGAGGACUUGCAUGUGCAGAUGGAUGACAUCUCCAAAGCCAAACAGGCUCUGGAAGAGCAGUUGAGCAGGCUGCUGAGGGAGAAGAAUGAUCUGCAGUCUCGUAUGGAGGAGGACCAGGAGGAUAUGAACGAUCUCAUGAAGAAACACAAGUCAGCUGUCGUCCAGUCGACCCAGAACCUAGCCCAGAUCUCUGACCUACAAGCCCAGCUGGAGGAGGCCCUCAAGGAGAAGCAGGAUGUGCAGGAGAAGCUCUCGGCACUGCAGAGCCAGCUGGAGUUCCAGGAGACGUCUAUGGUGGAGAAGUCCCUGGUCAGCAGGCAGGAGGCCAAGAUCCGAGAGCUGGAGACCAGAAUGGAGUUUGAGAAAACACAGGUCAAACGCUUGGAGAGCCUGGUGGCCCGUCUGAAAGAGAACCUUGAGAAGCUAACAGAGGAGCGGGAUCACCGCAGCACCAGCGAGACACGGGAGAAGGAGCAGAACAAGCGGCUCCAGAGACAGAUCAGAGAUAUCAAGGAGGAGAUGGGAGAGCUGGCCAAGAAGGAGGGAGAGGCCAGCCGCAAGAAACAUGAGCUGGAAAUGGAUAUUGAAAGCUUUGAGGCAGCCAAUCAGAGCCUGCAGGCGGACCUUAAACUAGCCUUCAAGAGGAUUGGUGACCUCCAGGCCGCCAUCGAGGACGAGAUGGAGAGUGACGGCAACGAGGACCUCAUCAGCAGUGAGGGAGACUCAUCUGACUCGGAGAUUGAAGACUGUGUGGACGGGGUCAAGUCCUGGCUGUCCAAAAACAAGCGAUCUACCAAGAACCUCUCAGAUGACGGCAGCCUCAAGAGCUCCAGAUUUGCUGUAAACGUAGACGCAAAGGAAGGGAAAGAGGGUAAGGAAUGGAAGGAGUUUAACAAAGAGAGCAAAGAGAAAGAGGUAGAUCAGAGCAGGCCGUUGUCUGUGAUGAGUUCCCUGAGCUACAGGAAGUGCUCCAACAUCAAUGACUCCAUCGGAGAUAAAGGGGACGACAGCUCCCUCUUCAGUUCCCUCAAGAAGGAACAGGACUCCCAGGAGUCUAUCACCUCCUUCCGUAAGGCCAAGCCCAAAUGCUCCUCACCCCAGGAUGACUCCUACUCAGUCAGCUCCAGCUCCUGGAGGAAGUCCCAGACUGGGAACGAUGAUGACCGUGGCUCGGUUAUCUCCCAGGCCUACACUGAAGCCACCAGCAGGGCUAGGAAGGGCAUGGACAGCCGCUGGGGAGACUUCGACAAAGAGUCCACCGUGUCCUCCAUGGCCCCCAGCCGGGCCUGCGUUGCCACCACGCGCUGUGGCCUGAGCCCAGAGGACGACACCAAGUCGACCAUCAGCCUGUGUAUGUCCAGUCCCCUGAGCCGCCGCAGCACUUCUGCACACGGUACGGACGAGUCAUAUGGAAGAAGUGGUCGCUGCCCAAGCAGCCACUCUCUUAGUCGUCGUUCUGGGGGCAGGAGCCCUGGCAGCGUAAGCCGUGCUGACUCACGCGUAUCUGACUUCCGCAGCUGCCGCCUCAGCGAGUUUGAUGACAUGGAGGACGGGCACAGCGGGGCCCUCACUGAGCGCUCCUCGGCCUACAGCCCCCACUCCUCCACGGGACGUAGCCUGUCCAUGCCCCCGCCACCCGCCCGCUCCUACAGAGAUGAUAACGAGCUCCCUGACACCUCGGACAUCAAGCCGGCCACCGUCAGCCACCGCAACUACCUGGACCCCGACCUGGAGAAGGCCAUCAACGAGGUGCUCAACUUCAAACCCAUCAAGUUCAAACGCACCAGCCUGGAAGACUCAGAGGCCGAGGCAGGGAGAAAAGAGGACGACACAGAGAACGACAGGAAGAGUGUGCUUAGCGUCAGGGGGAGAGGCGACAGGGAGGCGGACAGCGGGCGCAGCACCAGCAGUCUGAGACGCUCAGCGUCGGCCGUGGAUUGUAGGAGGUCCUCCAGCAGUAUGAGCAGCCGCAGCCACAGUGGAAAGAAGAGCAAAGGCAAGAAGAAGAAGAGGAGCCACAGCUCUGAGUCAGACAGCUCCGAUGAUGACCGCUGCAGCAAGAAGGGCAGCUCCAAGAACAAAGGCAAGAAGUCCAAAAAGACGUCCAAAAAGACGUCCAAAAAGGAGUCUUCUUCCUCCUCAUCCUUGGAUUCAGAGUCUGACUCAGAGUCUGGCUCCAGCUCUGGUGGUUCUACCAUCUCCUACAAAAGCACCAACAGUGUGAAGAGAGCCCCUGGCCGCCAGGCCCCUAGCCCAGAGGGGGAGAGGGAGGCGGGGACGCCUGUUGAGGGGCAGCCCCCUCCUAACAAGAAGGAGGAGAAGAAUAGGAAGAAGAAAGUGGACAACCUGAUGAUGAAGUAUCUGUACAGACCAGACAGUGACUGAGGCUGGCAUCCCCCUAGCCGAAGACGUUUCUGCUUGGACAAAUCUGACGAAGAAGAGGAGGAAGAACAAAAAGAAGGUGGUGCGUCUCGAGGGUCCUA